GUAGCACGAAGAGAUUCUGAAAGCUUGCUAAAACUCAUAGAACCAAUAAAACAACAAAUCAAAACUUUGCACGUUUCAAAUGUUAAACAAAGCAAAAAUUAAAUAUUCAAAUCAAACACUCGCGUUUGUUAUUACAAACUGCCCAAAAGCACUUGGCAACAAACGGUUAAAUAAAUUGAGAGAAUGCGUUAGUUUGUUUCAUUGAAACUCGAAUUUAGAAAAAAAUGAGUGAUCCGUUCGAAUGUUGUAUUUGUCUCGAAACUCUGGAGAAUCCAAAAGCUCUGUAUUGCGGACACUCAUAUUGUUCCUCGCCCAAAAAUUGCCUGCGAAAGGUUUUAACUAGUGAUCCGAGAAAAUGUUCGAAAUGCCGGAAACCGAUUUCUGUUAACAUUCGAGGCGAAAACGACUUGUCGAUAAACUACGAUUUGAAAACCGCAAUAGAGUCAUCAAGGCAAGGUACAGAGAACCCAGGAGACAAAAAUCAGCAUAAAAUCUGCGGACUGCACAAAAAACCAUUAAAAAUGUUUUGCAAGAACGACACUUGCUCGACUGCAAUUUGCGAAGACUGCUGGAGCUCAAAUCAUAAUGGUCACUUAGUAAUUCCUUUGCAAAAUGAAAUUAACAAACUGCUGGAAAAUACAAACACCAAAUGGGAGAGUAUUAAACAAUGCCAAAAUGUGCAUCAAAGAUUAGUAGCUGAAUCGAUGAAGUUGCAAGAUAACAUUAUGUCUGCCACAGAUGCGAUGGAUGCAUUGGAAUCUACCAAAAAAAUGCUGCAGAAACCUCAGAAUCUUGAUGACGUGCUAAUUUUCACACAAAACACUUUGAGGGAGUUAGAAGAACAGACAGAACGCAUAAAAAUAGUUGACCGAAGUAUCUCAUCUUUAGCGAGUUCGUGCAAAGAAAUAGCAACGUGUCUUGAGUCAGCUAAACUUACUUUCAGUCAGAACGAAACACCGGAUAGUCCUCGGGCAAGAGAAGGAGCUUCCCGAAACGCAAAAAGUUGGAAACUGCAAGAUAUUCGGAAAGGAACGGCAGUCGAAUUUGAGUUUUGUGGCGACCCGCAGUAUUGUGGAAUAACUCAACGACUGUUUACUCCCACCGUAGACGGUAUUGAGAUUUUCAAGAUCCAAAACGACCGAAUACAAUGGGACAGAAAUUUAAUACGUUCAGAAGAGGCGGAGAAACUGGCUUUGAGUGGAAGUGGAAUCCUUUAUGUCUCUUUCGAAGAUGACAGCACUCAGAAAAGUGUGAGUGUGAUAGAUAAGGGAGAUGGGAGAGUUUUAAGAACUCUUGACACUUCCAAAGCAGAUAGUACGGCAGUCUGGAUUCUACAAACUCAUCAAAACCUGUUCUUGAUAGUAGAAUACGAUUACGAGGUGAGACACAAAUGUGUGCACAUGUACAAUAACGAAGUCUACAAAAGAACACUUCAGUUAGACAUUCCAUUACGAAGCUACCAGACAUCUACAAACUACAUCUCACCAACAAUAUUGUGCGGAGGAAACAAUCUGCUAUUACACAAAGCUGAAAACGAAGUAGCUGCUGUCAACUUGAAUCAAAAUAUAGAAGCUCCAGCGAAAUUUAAGACAAUCCAACUGAAUCAAAUGGAAGAUAUCGAUAGCCUCGUUUGGUUGCCAAGAGACAAUGAAGAAACUGGGAAAGGAUAUCUUUUAGCGUCGGAAUAUUUGUACGAUAGAUUCAAUUCCCGAAUUUAUGAAUUGGAUUUGCAUGCCAUUCCCACUACACUCACACCACUGCAAAUUCCCUUCAUGAACAGUUAUGGUUGCAAAAACGUUGCAUUCUUAUGCACAAUGGGAAAAGGUGCUAUUCUGUGCUAUGAUGCAUGCGGAAAAGACGCAGGAAUAUUGGGACAGGUGAAUAUUUUGAGCUUGGAGAAGAUCAACGAAUAAGUACUUUAAAAACUGCAUCAUAGUUUCUAGACUGCUAACUCUUCAAAUCAAA